AUGGCCUGUUACUGGGCCAACCGGUUCUUCACUACCUUCCUGGACAUGGCCUGUUACUGGGCCAACCGGUCCUUCAGCUGCUGUCUCAACUCAUCCUGUUGGCCUUUAGCAGAGAUCAGCUCUCCUUCCUUUAUGGACAGAGUUCUACACAAGGAACUCACUGUACCUGCAGAGUACAAAUACAGUAUUGAUUGGGAUAACAUACAAUAAGAGUGUCACCUUUUAUUGACAGGAUUGUUCACACCUAUCCAAACCUUUCAGUUCUCAGAGUACAUAGGGGUUAAGGGGAAAGGGGCAAGGGGGAGAUUUGGGAUUGGGGGCUCAUCCUCCCACAGUUUAGGCUCUAAAGCUGUGUUUGAUAUUGUAUCUCCUCUCCUACACACCAGAAGAGAUCACAUGAUUCUUCCUGGCCUCCUCUAAGUCCCUCAUCAGUUGUUCAUUGGUUCUCUCCACUUCUCUCAUCUGUCCAGUAAGUGAUACUGUGUUGCCUUCCUCCUCACUGUCCACAGCAUUCUCUGUAUGUCUGAAGAGCUGUGUUUGAGGCCAUGUUCCAAGACUCAGACAAGGCCACCAUGCAAGAUUAGAUCCGUUUUAGGUCUUAUACCAGAUGGUAACAUUACGUGCAGUCUUUAUAUCAAUUUCAAAUUUUAACAAAUGAUUCAUUCCUAACUCUGACAGUGUUAACUAAGGGUUAACCUGCUCUAUGUCUUGGUGUUCUGUGAGUUGCUUCUUUGUCCAACAGGGCUCCGAACCCUCCAUAUUCAACACCCCACCCAGGGCUGGCCUCUCUCAGCCUGUGGAGCUCCUCUUCUAGCCUGGUUAUCUGCUGGCUCUUCUCCUGGACCUCCUUCUCCACCUCCCUCAGAUUCCUGACCUCCUCUGACAGACGCACUAUCAACUCCGCCUUCAAUACAAAGAAACACACAGAAAUGUAUGUGAGAUGACCAAGGUUAAUAUUAUUUUCAUACAAUUUUGUCUUUUCAUUCAUUUUAUUUCAUUUUGACAGGUUUUUAUAUUUAAUUCUAGAUGUGUGUUGUGCUCUGUUGGUUCUGGUAUCAGUUAUGGUUUGAACAGUCUUGUAACCUGAAGUUUCUAGUUUGUACUUCAUUUUGUUUUAGUUUCCAUUUUAGUCAACCUUGAGGGUUCAAAGGCAGCGGGACAGAUGGUACUGUUAAAGUUAGAGCACUGCUGUGGUAAUCAGUAUAUGGCUGUAUACCCAUCAGACUGUAUCAAAUGGACAAAAGUCACAACUUGUUGUUCAGUACAUGUAUGAGCUACAAUACUAUCACAGAAGUCUGAAAUAUACCGUGCAGAGGAGUCCCUACUUCCUCCCUGACCUCUGGCCACAUCCUCAUUAUGAUAAAUGGUCAGUUCUGUCAGCUUCUCCUGAAGUACAGAGAUCUCUUGGUCUUUCUUCACCUCUUCAAACUGACAGGCAAGUGAUUUCCUCACCUAACAUCAGUAUGUUCUGCUCCUGUAAAAAUAGGGAUUACAAUACUACAACUACAGUCACUACCAACCUCUAAUAUGGUGCACAGCCCACUGAGCCAACCAUAGUGCUAACAACCAUCAGAUCUGGGCUAUCAAUAAAGUGGCUACAUGGAUGUUUUGUUUUCAGACUGAUCCCCACCAAUCUAUAGAAAAUGAUGUACCUUCUCAUGUAGUAGGGUCAUGUACCAUGGUACCUUCCCCCCUGUGUCCUCAGACAUGGUGGUUCUGGUGAAGUUAGGCUUGUUCUGAUUACCUUCUCUGGCUGCCCCUGGGUCCAAGCAGACUCAACCUGCCAUUUCCUUUGGUGGAGCAAUUAACCUGCAGGCUUCAGUUGCAUGCAAGAAACAUUCAUUAACUUUCACUUUAUUCAUUAAACGUAUAGUUUUCUUUUUACACAAGCUGUUUGUUUUACCUCUCCAGAACUAAACAAACGUUCAUUUCAAUGUUUUGUUUUGACGUGUUAUUACCUAUGGGCAUAUGCUUUUAUUCAUGGCAAUUGCAAGGGUUACAUUUUAAGUAUCAUCCAUUCAAUAAGAUAGCAACAUGAGUAGUCCUGUCACCUUACACCGGAGGGAGGGGUCAGAUUUAGGGAUGACUUUGGGAUGCUCUGCUGAUGCUCUGGAACAUGAUGGACACUUCUGAUUGUCCUCAACUAAAGGCAGAUGGACCUUCUCUGUCACGCCCUGGCUCUGGGGACUCUUAAAUGUUGAGCCAGGGUGUGGAUUGUCUAUGUUUAGUUUUCUAUGUUUUUUGUUCUAGAUCGUUUAGAUCUAUGUUGGCCAGGGUGGUUCCCAAUCAGAGGCAGCUGUAGCUCGUUGUCUCUGAUUGGGGACCAUACUUAGGCAGCCUGUUUGGCACUAGUCGGUGUGGGAUCUUGUUCCGUAAAGGUUUGUUUUGUGUAACCUCAGGACUUCACGUAUCAUUUGUUUGUUGUUUUGUUCGUGUUGUGUACUACAAUAGAAAUGUACGCUUAUCACGCUGCGCCUUGGUUCCACGAGUCAUUAAACGAUCGUGACAGAAGAUCCCACCAAAAGAGGACCAAGCAGCGUGUCCAGGAACAGACAGCCUGGACUUGGGAGGAGAUCCUGGACGGGAAGGGAUCCUGGACUUGGGAGGAGAUUCAGGCCGGAAUGGAUCGCCGUCCUUGGGAGGAGACUGUGGAGGCGCACUACAGAGAGGAGCAGCGGCAACACAGAGGGUACCGGCCGAGGAGGAAGCCCGAGAGACAGCCCCAAUAAAACAUUUUGGGGGGGCUAAAAGGGUGGUUGGCGGAGCCUAGGGUUAGAGCAGAGCCAACUCCCCGUACUCAGGCUAGGAAGUGUGUGACUGGGCAGGCUCCGUGUUAUGCGGAGCCACGUACUGUGCCGCGAGUGUUCCGGCACAGUCCUGUACGUCCUGUGCUAGCACCACGCACGUGUCGUGCAAAGAUGGGCAUACAGCCAGGACGGAGUGUGCCGGCUCAACGCUCGUGGUCUCCAGUACGCCUCCUCGGUCCCGUAUAUCCUGCGCCAGUGCCACGUGCUGUAGCGCCAGUACGAGUGCACAGCCCCGUACGUCCUGUGCUGAUGCCUCACACAUAUUGUGUGGAAAUAGGCAUUCAGCCAGGACGGGUUGUGUCAGCUCUCCGCUCCAGACCUCCAGUCCGCCUCCACAGUCCGGCCCGGCCCGUUCCGGCACCCCGCAACAAGCCAGUGGUGCGUGUUCCCAGUCCAGUCCGGCCUGUUCCUGUCCCUCGCACCAAGCCAGUGGUGCGCGUCGCCAGCCCGGUCCGGCCUGUUCCUGUCCCUCGCACCAAGCCAGUGGUGUGCGUCGUCAGCCCGGUCCGGCCCGUUCCUGCUCCCCGCACCAAGCCAGUGGUGCGUGUCGUCAGCCCGGUCCGGCCCGUUCCUGCUCCCCGCACCAAGCCAGUGGUGCGUGUGUCCAGUCCGGCACGGCCCGUGCCUGUUCCACCGGUGCCUGGUCCGGCACCGGUCAGCUGCUCCACUCCGGAGCCAGAGCAAUCCGCUCCACCGGGGUCCGGUCCAACUCCAGUCAGCGGAUCCACUCCGGAGCCAGAGCAAUCCGCUCCACCGGUGUCCAGUCCAGCUCCGGCCAGCGGCUCCAGUCCGGAGCCGGUAAGGUUUGAUCCACCGUCGUCGGGUCCAGCUCCAGUCAGCGGGACCAGACCAGGGGCACAACGGGGAGGUGGAGAGAAGGUGGUGGUCACGCCCGGAGCCGGAUCCGCCUCCGAGGCGGAAUGCCCACCCGGCCCCUACCCUGUUGUGUUUGUGUGGCGCGGUCGCAGUCCGCGCCUUUGGGGUGGGGUACUGUCACGCCCUGGCUCUGGGGACUCUUAAAUGUUGAGCCAGGGUGUGGAUUGUCUAUGUUUAGUUUUCUAUGUUUUUUGUUCUAGAUCGUUUAGAUCUAUGUUGGCCAGGGUGGUUCCCAAUCAGAGGCAGCUGUAGCUCGUUGUCUCUGAUUGGGGACCAUACUUAGGCAGCCUGUUUGGCACUAGUCGGUGUGGGAUCUUGUUCCGUAAAGGUUUGUUUUGUGUAACCUCAGAACUUCACGUAUCGUUUGUUUGUUGUUUUGUUUGUGUUGUGUACUACAAUAGAAAUGUACGCUUAUCACGCUGCACCUUGGUUCCACGAGUCAUUAAACGAUCGUGACAUUCUCUCUCUGACUAUUGACUGGAUUCCUUGUCAUUUCGGUCAGUAAAACAAACUAUCAACUAAGAGUGAUUAAAUGUGAAUUGAAAAAUGUAAUUAUUAUUGUAGAAAGCAGUGAUAGGCGACUUCUAUCUUAAUAAUAAUUUAGAUGUUAGACGACCAGUACUUAUGUUGACAUUUUACAAAGAUCAUAUGAGAGAGAAAAAAGUCAAUGGGACAAUUUUUUUAUUUUUAUCAUAUAGUUUACAAUAUUUAUGGUUAUUACAUAGAAGGUUUUAACAUUCCAUCUCAAUUAAUACAGUUUUGCUUUGAGACUGCUAUCAUAAAGAUGAAACACGUUCUCUCUAUGGCUGCUAAUGUCAUAGAGUGGUUGUUCCAUAGAAAUAAAAUGAAUUGCCAGGGUUAGAGGUUCCAAGUCCAUUAUAUAUUCAUUCUAUGUAAAUUGUUUGUUAGCCUACCACAGAGAUCCUAUUAAAUUAUGUAUAUAAUUAUUUAAAUCUAAACAAUCGCGUUUGAGGGACACAUUCAGAAUGAAUGAGAUUGAGGUUAAUAAUUUGGUACACUGUUUAGAUUGAGCACAUCUAAACGAAAUCUACACUUUGUCAUGACGACAUAAACAGAUGGAUGUGUUCCAGUCAAGUAUGGCCAUACCAUCUAUUGUCUGAUUUGGCGAUCUGGAGUGUAGGUCAUUGUAUUAAAAGCGUUAUAAUAAUGUGAUAGUGUGUGAUCCCAUAUCUCCAGUGAAGGUUUAUAUAGCUAUGACGCGUUCCUACACGAAGUUAAAUCAUGUGGAAACAUUUUAUGUUACCCACCAAUAGAAUGUAGGCUUUUACCAAAUUGACAGGAGUUUCAUGACUUAUUUUUCUGGGAUGGUUUAUCAGUUUAUCAGUAGCCUCCCACUUUUCGUUAUUUGGAAAGUCAAAGUGAAAGAAAAGUACAAUAGUCCAAAUGCGAACCAAGGCAGGGUAAGAUAUGGAUUAUUUGUGUAUAUGUAGAAAUAGCCUUCUUAACAUGUUCCGUGCAGUAACUGGAGAGAAAAAAAAUAUUGAUGAAUGACUGUAUUUGUAAUUUGACGACAAGGCUGUUCUCUCCCUGUUUUCUUCAAUGUCUGUUCUUCCUCUGGUGACUCAACUGCCUUCUGAUUUGAAAGUGCGAUGCUGAACUCAGUCGAAUUUUACCUGUUCUUGAAAAAUGAAAAGCUUUGGCCUUGUCGUUUUCAAGAAAUAUAAUUAAAAGCUUGCUUGUUUGAAUCAAAAAAAUGGACGAAAUAUUAGCCUAUAGCUAUAUAUUUAGUUAAUGGGUGUUAUAAUAAAGACCAUAGGCAGAUCUUGAGUUUCAAGUUUGGGGCUCUUACAAUUUAUUUCCACAUAUCUGCGUGCCAGUUAUUAUUAUUUUUAUAUGCACAUUUUAAUGGAACAGUUUCAUUUCAAUAAUAACGUUUUCGUUUCUCAAAAGUAUUGUCACGUGGUUAAUCAUAAAAAUCUGAAUUAAAAUGAUAAAAAUCAAAAAGUUAAAAUUCAACUAAUGGAAAGAGCACCACCCUUUGCCAUAUGAACACAUUCAAAUUAAAUAAAAUCAAGCUUUAUUUAUACAGCACAUUUUAGACAAGGAAUGCAAUGCAAUGUGCUUCACAGGAAAAAAAAACUAUAAAGACAAUUAAAAUAAAAACUGUAAUAUUUACUAGACAACAAACAUAAGAGGAUAGAAAACAAAAGAAUAACAAUAAAACUGAAUGUCUAAAAAGCACCCUGAGGAAAAGCAAAGCUACAAAGGUGUGUUUUAAGAUCUCUUUUAAAUAUGUCCACAGAUUCGUCCCCCCUCAGGUUCUCUGGCAGGCUAUUCCAGAGGCUGGGGGCAUAAUAACUACAGGCUGACUCUUCAUGCCUCUUACAUUUUUACACUUUAGUCAUAUGGCAGACGCUCUUAUCCAGAGCGACUUACAGUUAGUGAGUGCAUACAUUUUCAUACUGGCCCCCUGUGGGAAUCGAACCCACAACGCUUGGUCAUAGGCUUUGGGAUAGUUAAAAGGCUGGUGCCACAGGCUCUGAGGGAGCUACUUAGCCUAGCGGUUAAGAGUGUUGGGCCAGUAACUGAAAGGUCACUGGUUUGAAUCCCUGAGACGAAUAGGUGGAAUAAAAAUAUAUUUUAAAAAGUCUGUCUGUGCCCUUGAGCAAGGCUUCUAUAAGUCUAAAGGAUAGUUAAAAGGCCAGUGCCAGAGGACCUACUGGGUACAUAACUCAAAAGCAUGUCUACAUAAUUGUGGAUUGAUUUAAAAACCAAAAGAAGAAUCUUAACAUUAAUUCUUAAACUCACCGGCAACCGGUGUAAUGUGUGAUCUUAGGAGAGCAUUACUGUAGUCAAUACUGAUUAUAAUGAAAGCAUGGGUGAGGUUCUCUGUAUCAGCCUGAGAGAGAAACGGACGCACAAUGGCAAUGUUCCUCAGGUGGUAAAAAGCUAUUUUGGUCACAUUCCCAAUGUGUGAUUCGUAUUUGUAUUUGUAUUUAUUAAGGAUCCCCAUUAGCUGCUGCAACAUUAAGGCAAUUAUAUACUAUUUAAAAUAUUACAUGACAUUACAUUUCAUAACACUCUACCCAAUACAUUUAGUGUGUUCCCUCACGCCACUACUCUACGCAUCACGUAUCUACAAUACAACAUCCAUGUGUAUGUGUGUGUAGAGUUUGUGUCUUAUCUUUUUGUGUGUCUGUGCCUGUGUGUCUAUUCACAGUCCCCGCUGUUCCAUAAGGUGUAUUUCUAUCUGCUUUUUAAAUCUGAUUCUACUGCUUGCAUCAGUUACCUGAUGUGGAAUAGAGUUCCAUGUAGCCAUGGCUCUAUGUAGUACUGUGCGCCUCCCAUAGUCUGUUCUGGACUUGGGGACUGUGAAGAGACCUUUGGUGGCAUGUCUUGUAUGGAGGGGUAUGCAUGGAUGUCUGAGCUGUGUGCUAGUAGUUUAACAGACACCUCGGUGCAUUCAGCUUGUCAAUACUUCUUACAAAAACAAGUAGUGAUGAAGUAAAUCUCUCUUCCACUUUGAGCCAUGAGAGAUUUACAUGCAUGUUAUUAAUGUUAGCUAUCCGUGUACAUUUAAGGGCCAGCCGUGCUGCCCUGUUCUGAGCCAAUUGUAAUUUACAGAGAUCUCUCUUUGUGGCACCUGACCACAUGACUGAACAGUAGUCCAGGUGCGACAAAACUAGAUACUGUAGGACCUGCCUUGUUGCUACUGUUGUUAAAAAGGCGGAGGAGCACUUUAUUAUGGACAGACUUCUCCCAAUCUUAGCUACUGUUGUAUCAACAUGUUUUGACCAUUACAGUUUACAAUCCAGGGUUACUCCAAGCAGUUUAGGCACCUCAACUUGCUCAAUUUCCACAUUAUUUAUUACAAGAUUUAGUUGAGGUUUAGGGUUUAGUGAAUGAUUUGUCCCAAAUACUAUGCUUUUAGUUUUUGAAAUAUUUAGGACUAACUUAUUCCUUGCCAUCCAUUCUGAAACUGACUGCAGCUCUUUGUUAAGUGUUGCAGUGAUUUCAAUCGCUGUAGUAGCUGACGUGUAUAGUGUUGAGUCAUCCGCAUACAUAGACACACUGGCUUUACUCAAGGCCAGUGGCAUAACAUUAGUAAAGAUAGAAAAAAGUAAGGGGCCUAGACAGCUACACUGGGGAAUUAUGUUGGAGAGGCUUCCAUUAAAGAACACCAUCUGUGUUCUGUUAGACAGGUAACUCUUUAUCCACAAUAUAGCAGGAGGUGUAAAGCCAUAACACAUGUGUUUUCCAUCAGCAGACUAUGAGCGAUAAUGUUAAAAGCCGCACUAAAGUCUAACAAAACAGCUCCCACAAUCUUUGUAUCAUCAAUUUCUCUCAGCCAAUCAUCAGUCAUUUGUGUAAGUGCCGUAUUUUUUGAAUGUCCUUCCCUAUAAGCAUGCUGAAAGUCUGUUGUCAAUUGAGUUCAGAAUCUAAAAUAACACCUAGGUUUUUUACCUGGUGUUUUAUAUUUAUUGCCCGUUAUUGAGCUUUGGCUCCAACUGUCACGAUUUCUGCCGAGGCUGCCUCCCCUCCUUGUACGGGCAGGUUUCGGCGUUCGUCGUCACCGGCUUAAUAGCCACUGCCACUCUGCCUAAGGCCAACAAAUAAAAACAGUAGAAAAUAUCCUGAUGAAAAUGCAGGUUCUUUCAAUCGCAUUAAUCUCUACUCCGCUUGUCUGCCUCUCUUUCUAUUGGUCUUGACUUGAGCUAUCACUAGUGAAGUGCAACAUUAUAUCAACUCAGGAGGUUGGUGUGUUCAGCCACAGGUGCUCCCUCAACGUUAUCAGCACAGAGAAACCACACAUGCUCACUGCUCACAAAAAAAUGUAAAGACACAAAUGAUGGCAGACACAAUAGGAGUAGUUAUAGCAAUAGGAGUAGUUAUAGCAAUAGGAGUAGUUAUAGCAAUAGGAGUAGUUAUAGCAAUAGGAGUAGUUAUAGCAAUAGGAGUAGUUAUAGCAAUAGGAGUAGUUAUAGCAAUAGGAGUAGUUAUAGCAAUAGGAGUAGUUAUAGCAAUAGGAGUAGUUAUAGCAAUAGGAGUAGUAAUAGCAAUAGGAGUAGUUAUAGCAAUAGGAGUAGUUAUAGCAAUAGGAGUAGUUAUAGCAAUAUGAGUAGUUAUAGCAAUAGGAGUAGUUAUAGCAAUAGGAGUAGUUAUAGCAAUAGGAGUAGUUAUAGCAAUAGGAGUAGUUAUAGCAAUAGGAGUAGUUAUAGCAAUAGGAGUAGUUAUAACAAUAGGAGUAGUUAUAGCAAUAGGAGUAGUUAUAGCAAUAGCAAUCCAUCCAAAUAGUUAUAGCAAUCCAUCCAAAAAAGCAGUCUGGGACAAAAAGAGCCAGUUAUAGCAGGAGCCAUAUCUCUUUGAAAGCUUUUUUUCCUUUUCUUUCUCUCUCUCCCUCCCUCCCUUCCUUCUCUCUCUCUCUCUCUCUCUCUCUCUCUCUUGCUCGCUGUCUCCCUCCCUCUCUCUCUCUCUUUCUCUCUCCCUCUCUCUCUCUCUCUCUCUUGCUCGCUGUCUCCCUCUAUCUUUCUCUCUCCCGCUCCCUCUGUCAAAGUGAUUCAUUGAAAACGUUUUUAUAAAAAAGGAAUGGAGAGACUGAGUUGCACAACGAGAGAUUAAGGCUGUUUCUAGAACAAUGUUCCUUUUGUUCUUGUAACUUGAACCUCCUGCAGUUGCAGGAGAAAAUUUAACUUUGAGGAGAGUGAGGCUGCCAGUUGGGGUUCCCAGGGGCGAGGGAGGAGGUUGGCAGGUUCAUUUUUUACUACCACUGAUCUCUAUCUCUCUGUCCUGCACAUGGAUGGAUGUGAGAGCGGAUCCCAUCCCACACAGAUAGAACAUAGGUUCUACUCUAGCAUCAAGACUAGAGACAAGGGAGGUGGACUCCAUAGUAAUCAGGGUCUCGCCCUUCUAUUUCUGUUCCGUUCCUCGCAGAAUGAAAACUGGUUGUCGUGGGUCUUUGAGAAGGUGAUCGUGGUCAUGGUUUGUUUCUUUGUCUGCCCCAUUGUCAACUCCAUGGCCCAGAGCUAUGCCAAGCGCCAGAAAAUCAAAAAGAAUAAUGUAUGCACUAACUGUAAGUCGCUCUGGAUAAGAGCGUCUGCUAAAUGACGUAAAUGUAAAUGUAAAUGAGUAGUUAUAGCAAUAGGAGUAGUUAUAGCAAUAGGAGUAGUUAUAGCAAUAGGAGUAGUUAUAGCAAUAGGAGUAGUUAUAGCAAUAGGAGUAGUUGUAGCAAUAGGAGUAGUUAUAGCAAUAGGAGUAGUUAUAGCAAUAGGAGUAGUUAUAGCAAUAGUAGUUAUAGCAAUAGGAGUAGUUAUAGCAAUAGGAGUAGUUAUAGCAAUAGGGGCGGCAGGUAGCUUAGUGGUUAAGAGCGUUGUGCCAGUAACUGAAAGGUCGCUGGUUCUAAUCCCCGAGCCAACUAGGUGAAAAAUAUGUCGAUGUGCCCUUGAGCAAGGCACUUAACCCUAAUUGCUCAUGUAAGUCGCUCUGGAUAAGAGCGUCUGCUAAAUGACUAAAAAUUAGUAGUUAUAGGAGUAGUUAUAGCAAGUGCAUUGCUGUUCUCUCUACUAAAUAACCUGGCAGUAUUCAUUCCAGUCCUAACAAAUAAUUAAUGUCUGGGGGAAAAAAGAACCUGGACACUUAGGAGAAACACGCUGGUGGGCCAAGGAUGCUGCUCUGAAGAAGGUCUUUGGAUUAUUUGGCGACCCACCAUAUGCAAGAGAUGGAGAGUCAAUAGCCAACUGUACGUGUCAAGGCCAGAGCAUUAACAGAGGCCCUGCUCAAGGUACGAGACAAUCCUCACUGCCCAAACAUUUCUGUGUAUAUUUGAGGAAACAUACCCUCUCUCCAAGUACCUACAACCCAGUGGCAUGGACAUCCUGACAGCAGGAUGGUAUUGGGAACACAAGAGGCUCUGCAAAAUAAUGUGAGGGACUUCGAUGCUGUGAAGAGGGCCACGGAGAGCUUUGUGCAGUGGGCCACUGACAAGCUGCAAGAACAGGACGAAGACCCCAAACAGGAAGUGCAAGCUGAGAUGCCUCAGAAAAGAACAAGGAAAGGAAGCCCAUGCAUGGGGAGUUGGCUCAGGAUGAGACUGACAGAGAUGCAGAGAGGGUCUACAAGACUAAGGUGCACUUUGUCAUCACAAGGCACUUUGUACACAUGCUUUGCUUAUCUGGACCCCAGCAGGUUCUCAGAGAUAAAAUAUAAUGGAUUGCCCCAGACAUCACUUGCUAAACUAAGCAAACUCUUGCUUCAGUUUGCCAGCCGAGCAGCUGUCAGCACUUUGCAGUGUGAGUUGACCAGUCUUGCCGGUCAAUGGGAGAGCGUGAAAACAUCAGCAGUGGAGAAGGACACAACCAGGAAUGUGAGUGAGAUACCAGCGGAUGGACAUGAUGAAGAACAAGUGGAGAGGAUGAAUAAAAGUUCAUGUAAGAACUGUGCUGUAUGUUGUUAUCAACUUCUAUGGUGGUACAUCUUGUUGACAGAGGCUUACCAUGUUAUAGGCCUGGGGUACAAGUUCCUACUCACCCUGUCUGUCAUCCAGGUAACCUGUGAGAGGAGCUUCUCUACUCUCAAAUUCAUAAAACAUCGACUCAGGAGCACCCUGAUCCUACGAUCACUUGGAGGCAUUAUGCUGAUGACAACUGAAAAGGAAAUCCUUAUGGUCCUGGAUACAGAUUAUGUCAUUGACAGGGUGACAGAGAAGAGUGAACUGCUGUGACGCCAGCUGACAAAAGGGUAGGGAGGGCAGAGAGACAGCAGAGGAGAACAAGAAGAAACAGAGACAGACAGACAGACAGACAGACAGACAGACAGACAGACAGACAGACAGACAGACAGAGUGACAGACAGCAGAGGAGAAUCACAGACAGGCAGACAGACAGACAGACAGACAGACAGACAGACAGACAGACAGACAGACAGACAGACAGACAGACAGACAGACAGACAGACAGACAGACAGACAGACAGACAGACAGACAGACAGACAGACAGACAGACAGACAGCAGAGGAGAAUCACAGACAGAGAGACAGUGACAGCAGAGAUGCAUAGACAGACAGCACGACAGGGAGAAAACAGACUCAGAGGCCCAGUUAUAGUGGUGAGUUGUAUCUCCAGACUCCAGUGAUGUCUUAACAUGUAUUUGUUUUAAACAUGAUCUGGUUAAAAAUGGAGGAAGACCAUGUUUCUUCAGUCACUGGUAUACACAGCAGGUUAGGAGAGUUAGGUUAAGGUUAGGAAAUGGAGUUAGGGUUAGCGAAAAUGCUCUCCUAACCUGCUACAAAAAUCACUUCCGGUCAUAGCUGUAUCAAGUGUCAAAGAUGGCAGCAUUCUCUAAUAACUACUUGCCUAAUUCUGUUUCAUACUUCUCAAAGUUGAUAACUCGCUUAUUUGUUUUUUUUGUCAGUGAUGUCAAUUUACAAAUUGAAAGGAAUAUAUUGACAUCUAUUAAAAUACAUUAAUUCUACAGGUCAGUUCAUCUCCAUACUUCAAAACUCCUAAGAACUUCAUAAAUCCAGUGUGUGGGUCUUCCAGUGAGUUGGAGAGGAUUGAGGAACCAUGGCACAGUUUGAAACCUUGAUAUGGACUGUAAGUGAAACAUUUCUGAUUUGCACAUUUUGUGGCUUGGCAUGUUAAAAAAAAAAAAAAAAAGUGAUCAAUGUAAAUAUGUCCUUUAUGAAAUAUGAAUCAGUUAUUAGCCAACUAGUUUUAGUUAACAUUUGACUGAGAGACGUACAUUUCACUAACAUUUAUUGACUGAAUUUGCAGAUAACAGGUUAUCUUGGGUUUGGUGUCAUCUUUAAAUGUAAUGUAUGCUGAUGCUGAUGUUUUAUUUCUUCUCUAUUUGCAGAUACCUAUCACUUUUAUACUUCUAAACAUUGAACCCUGUUUCACAUAUGAUCGCCUCAUCUAUAAAUUAGGCGAUAGAGAUUGCAUAAUGUGUUGGCCUGGUAAGGACCUUGUGUAUUAUUAUGAGGGGUUAAUUAUAAUAAUAACAACAAUAAUAAUAAUAAUAACAAUAACAAUACCAACAUUUAAUUAUUUUCUGGGGGGGGUUUUCAACAGGAUAUCGUGUAUAUAGUCAUUGUACUAAAUCUACACGUACACCUUCCUGUGUGCCCUGUAUUAACUCCACAUUCCUUGAUGAGCCCAGUGGUAAAACAACAUGCAACAACUGUACCACAUGUGAUCCAGGUGAGAAUUAUGUGUUCUGGGCAUAAACACUGAGCUACUUUACUAUAUCAGCUGUUGUUUUAAUGAAAUACAACAGGUUUUACAUUUAGCUUCAGAUACCAAGUGACAUGUUUUCUCCAUAGGUUUGGGUUUGAUGGUAAAGCAGCCAUGUAGACUUUCAUCAGACACUGUCUGUGGGACACUGGAGGGGUUCUACUGUCUAGACCCAACUAAGGAUGGUUGUAGAGCAGCCCAGAGACACAGCAGCUGUAAACCUGGUCAAUACAUCAGCCACACAGGUUGGUCUUCUGUCUCACUCAUUAUACUAAUUGUGUUGUCAUAAUUCAAUUGAGUCAAGUUGUUAACUUCAGUGUGAAUAAUCAUUAACAGUUAAUGGAAUUAAAUAAAUGGGGGGGGGGGACGAAUACAAUUUGUAAUUAAUAUUUCAACAUAUAUUUGUGCAGGAAAUACAUCUACAGAUACUGUGUGCGCUGACUGCCCUGGUCAUACUUAUUCAGAUGGAUCAUUAACAUAUUGUCAACCACACACAGAGUAAGUGUGGACAUGAUUAGUUAGCUCAAAUGGUUAAGAUAUAAAAAUACAAUCAUUAUCCUCAAAUAGAAACUUAAAAAAACAUACCUCUAUUUAUGUCUUUGACAUAGAUGUGAAUUCUUGGAAAUUGAACCAGGAACUCCUUGGUCGGAUUCAGAAUGCGGAGUAAUCUCACAUCCCACAGCUGGAACCAUAGCUUGUGUUCUGAUAUGUUUCCUGAUAGCCACCAUAGCUGGUGUUUGUUUAUUUAUAGUGAGAACAAGAUACAUGGUGAGAAGAAGAGAAAUAGUGUGAACAAGACAAAACUUUGGUAAGAUUACUGGAGUUUUAUCUGUACCAUUCAUUGUUUUCAAAGCCUGUGAUACUCAGUAUAUUCUGUGAAUGCUACAUGUUCUAUUUCUCAUAGUGUAGAUUACUGUUUGUUAACGUCAUGGUUACACAGUAUGUUUAUUACAAUAUUGGACAUCUGACUUUUUUAUAGGCCCUCAAAUACUGACACAGGUAUGUUUGGAAAUCUAUGAAUAUCUUUCAUCACAUUGUGUUACUAAGUCAUCUUUUUAGCUGUGAAAUUUGAAUUUAAUGGGCCAUUUUCCCAGACAAUAGAUGUUAUGAUGAGUUUCUGGUAUUUAGAAGUGAGGAUGCAAGAAUAUACUUAGACACUUAGGUGGGGAGUUCAUAUAAGUAUUUAUUUGAUCACGGGCCCGUGCAUUGGCAUAACAAACGGCGAUAGCUUUGCCCCAUGUCAUUCCAACUACCACACAGAAAUCUCUCAGCCCUUUAUACUCUCUCAGUUACGCGUUUCUUCAACCACAUCUGGCCAUCGUCAAUGCACACUACCCAUUCUAUGUCAUGACCUCGUAGCCCUAAGCAGGACGUUCCCUCCGUACAUCGUUCUAUUAUAAACACCGCUAUCCUCCCUGGACAGAUUGAAAUGUCCUGCUUCAGACUCCGUGGCACCAAUAACCACUCCUUCUUACUAACUUUAACCUAGUUAUACACAGCCAUAUGAAAUGACAUCAUAAUAACAUCAUAACAAUAGACCUCCAUUGAAUGUGCUUCUUUGUCCAGGACUGGGCUUAAUCUCUGUCCGGGAUACUGGCCCAAUGUGUUUGACUAAUUACUGAUUCUAUCUGAUAGACAUCCCCAGAUCAGGAAAUAUCAAUGCUGUCUGUGGGAACUUGAAAAGGUAAGGCACACCUUCAAGAUUUUCUAUCUAUGUAUAUGGAAUAGUUUUUAUGAGUUAAAAGAAUUUCAAACAUAUUUAUAAGUAAAUGUAUAUGAUAUAUUACUUAAUCAAGUCAUCAAUGCUAUGACAAAUGAUAUGAUCCAAGAAUAUAGGACUCUGGAUACAAGCAAUUGUUCUACAAAUCAUUGUCCAGAACGUAAUUGAAUUACUGAUAAAUUAUUAAUGAAUUCUCUCCCCAGAUUCAAGCCUCCAUCACUGUCAAGGACUCAACAUUCUGUAAGCUGUGGUCCACUGGCUGGCUGGUCCAGCCAUCUAUAGUGUAUUUUAACACUACAUGUUAAAUGUGAUAUUGUAGAAUCUGGUUGGUAUAAAAACAGGAUUCUAUACCACAUUCAAAUAAUAUGACCUUUGGGUAGAGGAUCACUGUGCCUUGACAAUGACUAUUAUGUGGCUUAGUGUAUGAAUCAUAUACAUUAGCUUCCACCCACACUGGAACACGUGUAUCAGCUUCUGCCUACAGCCUGUUCUAAAAUGAAAAGGACCAUGUGAUGAGGAUUAGGAACCAGCAUCGGUAGGUGAGAACCCUCUGCUCUGUCCAGGGGAAAGUCAAAUAUGUUCAUAACUUCAGGAUCACAACGUCUGUCAGCCCAUACUAUGGAACUCCAAAUGGGACUUGAUAAUAUCUUGAGACACAGAUUACUGGAUACUGGUGGUGCAGGAUGCAACGUUAGCUUGGGGAAGAUGCCCCAGAAAUGAGAAACAUCGUCAAAAUGAUGGGAAGGAAAAUUCAAAUAGAUAACUUUACACUACAAGGACAUCAACAUCACACUCAUAGAAGCAGACAAGGACAUCAACAUCACGCUCAUAGAAGCAGACAAGGACAUCAACAUCACGCUCAUAGAAGCAGACAAAGACAUCAACAUCACGCUCAUAGAACCAGACAAGGACAUCAACAUCACGCUCAUAGAAGCAGACAAAGACAUCAACAUCACGCUCAUAGAAGCAGACAAGGACAUCAACAUCACGCUCAUAGAAGCAGACAAAGACAUCAACAAGCAGAUACAACCUCACUAUGGA